CCAAAUCCCCAACUAACUAAUAUAACGAUCUCUCCUUUUCUUCUUGUUUAUCAUAUUAUUAUUAUUAUCAUUUCAGAUUUGUUUUUUCUGUACUUGGAACUUGGAAGAAAGAUUCAUGGCUUGUGUUCAGAACACACUCUACUUCGUUGCAGCUUUACUUCUAAUUCACCAGAAGACUGUCACUUCCGAUUUCCUCUCUCCUCUACUCUCUCCUUUGUUCGAUGAUGUCUGCAAGGAAGUGGAAUGUGGGAAAGGGAAAUGCAAAGCAUCUCUGAACGCAACUUUUAUGUAUGAAUGUGAGUGUGAUAAUGGUUGGAAGCAGUUUGAUCAUACCCUCAAGUUUCUCCCUUGCGUCACCCCCAACUGUACCUUUGAUCUAACUUGCGGUGAAGCAGCUUCUCCAGCACUGCCCAAAACGCCUCCCAAGAACGCCAAUGCUUCACUUUUCGAGAUUUGUCACUGGGUGGAUUGUGGAGGAGGGUCUUGCAACGAGACAAAUCCGUUUUUAUACAGCUGCAAUUGCCGUGAAGGUUACAAAAAUCUUAUGAACGUCACCACAUUUCCUUGCUUUAAGCAAUGUGCACUUGGAAUGGACUGCUUGAAUCUUGGGAUCCCUUUGUCGAACGCAUCAUCGUCUUCUCCACCUGCUCUGCCUGAUAGCAGCAAGAGUCAAGCAACAGGAUUGAAUAUAAGAGGAUCAUCGUUGUGGUUUAUAACGUAUUUUCUCUGUGUCUCCUUAGCACAGUGGAGGUCGCUCUAUAUAUGAUCACUUUUAUACUUCAUGUUUCACUUUUUGUAUACGGAUAUUGUUCGGUACUGUUUUGUAUUUCUUUGUUUCUAUUAUAUUUUACUCAUCUAUUCAUCUUUUUCUCUUAACACAAA